AUGGGCGAGUUCCACGGCCUCGCGCUGUCCGCCUCGGGGCGGGCCUUCUGCUGGGGCCAGGAGCAGGGCCCGGAGCUGGUGCUCGCUCAGACCACGAUGAAGGAAUCCAAAAUGCGCCUGCCGAGGAGCCUCGGCCUGAACCAGCCCACCCCUCGGGCGCUGGACCUGCUGCCGGUGACCGCCGUGGCGGCGGGCGGUUACCACAGCGCGGUCAUCACCCAGGAUGGCCGCCUUUGGACCUGGGGUAGCAACGACUACGGGCAGCUGGGCCUCGGCCUGGCGCGGGAGCUUCUGCCUGUGGCGCCGCAGCCGCGGCCCGUGGAGCUGCCAGGCCGUGCCUGGCGCGUCUCGCUGGGCGGGGUCCACAGCGCCGUCAUCGACGAAGACCGGCGGCUCUACACCUUCGGGAGCAACCGCAAAGGGCAGUGCGGCCAGGGCGAGGCGCAGCAGCUGGUGGCGCCGGAGCCGUUGGCGUUGCCCAAGGAGCGCCCCGUGCGCGCCGCCGCCUGCGGAGGUUUCUUCUCCUUCUUCGAGGCUGAGGGCCCGGGGAAUGAGCUCUACGCCUGCGGCUGGGGAAAGGACGGAUCUGGAAAGCCGGUCGGGUCUCAACCGCCGCCAAGGGAGGCACCGAGUCCAUACUCGAACCGCGCCACUGUCGGGGCGCACAUAUGCGGAGCGAAGCAAGAUGCCUUGGGCGCCCCAGACAUCCUUGAGUACCUGCAGAAACCAGGUAAUGCGCUGAGCGUUGGGGGCUACUACAAGUGA